UCAUAUUUAUAUGAAAUUAUUUAUUUGUCCUGUGCUUUUACACAAAAAGCCCGGGGUUUCUUUUUCUUUUUCUGUCAAAGGGAUUAAACUCGCCUUUUCUGGAAAACGAGUACAGAGGUAAAGAACGCCAUGUUGACACGACACCGCCAACUGGGAGGCCAAAUAGCACCUGGGAUAACGUUAUUAUUCCCUGUCUUUUAUUACGUUUUCACAAUCAACGAUCAAUCGACUUGAGCCAACUUGUCAGAAGAAAAAAAGGAGAUCGAAAGAGCUGAUUAACCCAACUUUCACCGUCAUUCUAGCCAAUUCAACGAUUAUAAAACAUUGCUUAGUUACUAGCCCAAUUUUAAGAACAGAUAACUUAUUUACCUUUUUAAUUCAAUUAAUUGUGUGUGGUGAUAAUAACUACUAUUGCCGCAGAUGCCAAAAAAUAUAAGCGAUUGUCUUCCGCAAACGUUGGGCCUAUGUUGAGGCUAGCUUAGCAGCAUUAGCUUUUUGGCUAAUGUGACCAACUUAUACAAUUGGAACGAAAUGCUAAGCUAAUGGCUAAUGUUUUGUUAUUCGUAGUUCGUACACAUUGUCGUUUUCAAAUAUAUACAUCUAAUAAUUAAUCAUAACGUUAAGUAAUUCGUUCAUUUAGCGUAACUUAAACGUUACGGUAUUGCGAAGCAAUGUCCCGUAAUAAGCCCUAACGUUGCGCACUUAAAAUAGCCAUAUCGACUCGUCGUCUUUCAAAACAUAACAUAGGAAGCUUAUUUUAGCCCUCAAUUUUCCUUUGACAAUUGUGUUAUUCCCCACGUCUUAAAUGUUACCUAUCUUCAAAUUUCAAAGUGUUGAUUUAUAAUUUUAGUUGCCUUUAAAACGCGUAUGUGCUGCCUGCUGUCAUGUAUAUUUGUCUAACAUCAGUUUUAUUCACAGUCGUGCCCACACUGACUCGUCCCAAACAUCAACAAAAGUCCCCAAAAGUGUGUUAAACGUCUGCAAAGCAUCCCAGAAGUGUUUCAAGUCAAACACAAAGUUCCCUUUUUCCACCUCCCCAGUUGGCAAAAGUACAGUAUGGUAAUCAGUUGGCCCCAUUUACCAGUCCCACAGACCCCAAUAGUGUCCUUAAAAGGUUAGGGGAAAACUUUUUUAAUGGUUUUGAGCGCAAAAUGUGAAGAAACCCUGUCACAGCCGGAGGAUGGGGAGCUGGAGGAGGGCGAGCUGGAAGAUGAUGGGGGAGAGGUGGAGGAGAAAGAGGCUGGUGGAGGUGUGUCAGCAGCAGCAGCAGCAGCAGCAGCAGCAGAAGGAGGCGGAGAUGGCGUUGAAGAAGCAGGCGUAGGAGGAGGAGGUGAAGCGGUAGGGGAAGGGGCAGUGGAGAGGCCUCGGCGGAGUAAGGAGGGCCACGCCAGCAGCAACUCGGAUGAGGAGAGAUCCCACCGCCGCAAGAGGAAGAGGAAGAAAGAGAGGGAGCGAGAGAGGGAGAAGAGGAGGGCCAAAAAGAAACGCAAAUCCAAACACAAACGCCAUGCCUCCUCUGAUGACGACCACUCGGAGCUCAGCGACGACUCUGACUACAGUCCCAGUGAGAAGAGGAAGUACAGAGAGUACAGUCCACAGUACCCCCCUCCUUCUCAUGGGGGCUAUGGCGGCUCAAAGAAAGGCAGCUACAUGAAGAUGGAAAAGCAGAGCUAUGGAGGCUACGAUGAAUUUGAAGAAGAGAACUUUGAGGGUGAGGAAGAGGAGGAAGUAGCCGAUGAAGACUACGAUGACUUCACCAAGGAGCUCAACCAGUAUCGCAAGGCAAAGGAGGGAGGAGGCCCACGUGGGGGACGUGGGGGAAGAGGUCGCAUGAAAACCCAGAGAGGCCGGGGACUAAUGAGGGGAGGGAGGAGAGGAAGAGGAGGGAGCAGAGGAAGAGGAGGUCGAGGGGGAAGUAUAGGUGGAGGAGGAAAGAUGGGAGGAGAAAAUGACGAUGGAGACGGCUAUGGAGAAGAAAUGGAGUAUGGAGAUGAUGACUAUGAAAACAUGGGUGAUGAAGACUACGAUGAGUACUCGAAAGAGCUAAAUCAGUACAAGAAGUCCAAAGACAGAGGCCGAGGGGGUAAAGGUCUCCGCGGGCGAGGGAGAGGUAAAGGAGGGCGCGGUAUGCUCAGAGGAGGAAGAGGUCGAAACCGCGGGAGAGGAAGAGGCGACAUGGGCAACGAUGACGACAACAAUGGGGACAUGGACAACGGGGAUGGAGGUGGAUUAGGGGAUGGACCAGGACCAAUGAGGAGGAAUCCCAAUGAGAAGCACCAGGAUAAGAAAGGAAAGGCCAUCUGCAAGUACUACAUCGAGGGACGCUGCACCUGGGGGGACCACUGCAACUUCAGCCACGACAUCGAGCUGCCCAAGAAGAAGGAGCUGUGCAAGUUCUACAUCACUGGAUUCUGUGCCCGAGCCGACCACUGUCCUUACAUGCAUGGCGAGUUCCCCUGUAAGCUGUUCCACACCACAGGGAACUGCGUCAACGGAGACGAGUGCAUGUUCUCCCAUGACGCCCUUAAUGAAGACACCCAGGACCUGCUGAACAAGAUGCUGGCGGAGGAUGCAGAAGCGGGAGCGGAGGAUGAGAAGGAGGUGGAGGAGCUGAAGAAGCAAGGCAUCAAUCCCCUCCCCAAACCCCCUCCUGGAGUCGGCCUCCUCCCCACCCCUCCACGGCUUCUUCCUGUAGACAACAACACAGGGGCCGGGGAUUUUGGCGGGUCCGCAUUGGGUGACUUUGGUGGUCCUCCUGGACCAAACCAGGGGCCCAAUGCCAACAAUGGCCCCCCUGGACCAGGGCAUGGUCCUGGGCCAGGUCCUGGUCCUGGGCCUAACCCCUGUGUUCCCCCCCCUGUCCAUGGCCCUGAUGUAAAUCUCUUCCAAGGUGGGCCUCCAAAUCCCAUUGGCCCUCCUCCCCACAUGGGCCCCCCACCUCCAUGUGGUGGAGGGGGUGGUGGUGCCGGGAAGAAAAUCCCCUCCCUGUUUGAGAUUAAAGUCCAGCCCACAGGACAGCUGGCUCACAAACUGGCCGUAAGGGGCCAGACUCCCAGUAGUAACCAGGGUCAGACUGCAGCACCGGGACCCCAAGGGCCUCCUGGGGGCCCUCCCCCGUGCUUUCCUCCUCCAGGCAUGAUGCCCCCUGACAUGCAGAACAUGGGCCCCAACCACGGGAUGAACCAGGGUCCCCCAAACAUGGGCCCCCCUCCCAUGAUGGGAGGAUUCGCCUCUGGUGACGGCCCUCCUCAUGGAGGGGCCAUGCCUCCAGGUCCUCCUCCGGGGGGAGGAAACUUCUUCAAUAACUUCUUCCACCCGCAGGACUCAAUGAUGGAGGGAGUGGUGCUGGAAGGUGACAGCUACCAGGGAUUCUCUGGCAUGGACGACAGAGGAGGAGCAGGGAACGUUGGAAAUCAGUCCGGUGGCCAGGAAGGCUCUGCUAAUGGAGCAUCAGCCAAUCAGGGAGGGAUCUCUGUGCCGGACUUCCUGCCUCCAGCGCAGCGCGUCCUCUUCAUGAGGAUCCAGCAGAAGCAGCAGGAGGAAGAGGAGAGAGCUCGCAGGAUGGCCGAGGGAGGAGCGGAGAAGAGUCGAGACGCUGAAGGUGACUCUGGGAACUGGUACUCCAGUGAGGAUGAGGACGGAGGGGGCAGUGUGACCUCCAUCCUGAAGACGCUCCGUCAGCAGACCCAGGCUCCUCCUAAAUCUGACGGCCCCCGGAGCGACCCUCGCCUCCAGAAGGCCUCUCCCGCUAACCCUCUGCCGCGACCCGCAGACCCUCGCAUGGCUCGGGACCCGCGCCUGGCCCGUGGUGCAGACUCAGUUGACUCCGCCCACCCCAUGCCCACUCUACCCUCCCCUGGAGCCCCUGCAGACCCCAGGUUAGCCCGGAUGGCUGCUGCUGUGUCGGCCGGACCCCCCCCUCACGUGCCCAUUGCAACGAAACCAGAGCCUCCUCUGGUCUACAAGCCCCCGCCGCUAACAACCCCGGUGGCGGAGGAGGAGGAGACGGAGCGGGUUCUACGGGACAAACCGGUGCCCAUUCCUCUAGACCCGCUGAUGGGCAUGGCUCUGAGAGACCCCCGAUCCCAGCUGCAGCAGUUCAGCCACAUCAAGAAGGACGUGGUGCUCCUUAUGCCGGCCUUCAUCAAGACCAUCACCUGGUCUCCGGAGGACCUCCUCCCUGUCCCGGUCCCAAAGCAGGACCUCCUCCCACUCCCACCUGGCAUCCCCCCCGUGUCCUCCGUAGAACCACGUCUGACCCGCGCUCAGCCGCCGCCCCUACCGUCGCUCCCUCACUCGCAUCCCCCUCCCCUUCACCCUCACCCCCCGCCCUCCUCCCUGGACCCCCCCGCUCCCUCCUCCACCAUCCCAGACUUUGAGCUGCUGUCUCGUAUCCUGAAGACUGUCAACUCCAGCCCAUCCCAGACCCCCUCCCCUCCUCUCCUAAUCCCCCCUAUUCUGCCCAUGUCGCUCCUAGGUCCACCUCCCUCCAUGCCCCCCCCACCUGUAGAAAAGCCAGUCGACCCCCGUAUGUCUCGCAAAAGCCUCUUGGACCCCCGUCUCCAGCCUCAGAAGUCGGCACUGAAGCAACCCUCUGAGCCCCUUCCCCCCCCUGUACCCUCUGCCUCUCCAGCACCACCGUCCAGCUCCUCCACCCCUCCCAUCGCCCCCUACGACCCAAGGAUGUUCUCCUCAGGUGGGGCAGGCCGCGGUGUGGGGGCCGGGCCAGCAGGGGGGGCCAGCGUGCUGAGCAACAUCAGUCUGUAUGACCCGAGGACUAACAAACCAGGCAGCCCUGGGGCCGGCUCUAACAACUCCCCCAACUCAGCCAGCACUGAGUCUAAACCCAGUGACCCCCCGGCGGCUAAACCCAAGUCCAAGGAGCCCCUGUUCGUCAGGAAGUCUGCUCUCGACCAGCCAGAGCCGGAGAAAAGUUCAGAGCAAGGAACCGACCGAUACAACAGCUACAACCGGCCCCGGCCCAAACCCGCACCCUCGCCCAACUCCACAGCUCAGGGGGGUCCUGCAGGCGCUGCCGCAGUAGGUCAGGGGCCUCCAGGAGCUUCUGGGGAUCAGGGGCCCGCGGGUGUUCACAACCUACCAGUGUCCACUUUAUUUGGUGCGGUGAAGCAGGCGGCCAAACCCGGCGGGACGGGGAGCCCGUUCGGAGGGAGCAGCCCGGUGCAGGCGGAGCUGAGCGCGGCGGAGCAAGACAAGGCCUCACUGAAGGACGUGUUCAAAGGCUUCGACCCCACUGCCUCGCCCUUCUGCCAGUGACCCCCCCAACCCCCCAGACACUGAACCCUUACCCCCAUCCUGAUGCGGGCUGAUGGCUUGUUUUAACAUUUGAACACUGAACUGAGAGAGAAGCGCACUGAGGCAGCUGCCUGAGACUGGUUAAGGAGACAAACUUUUGUGAACAAACUGAUGAUGUGUUUCAUGCACACACACGCACACGCACACGCACAUGCGCACACACACACACACACACACACA